GUCCACGUAGCUACUGAGGUUCCAUUACUUCAGUCUCAUCAGCAGUAAGCUAUUAAACGGUAUACAUCGGACGAGUUCUGUUUACCUAACGUGAGUAUCACGUUUUCCGCUUGAUCUCCACAGAAAAAUCACAUCGAUUUUACGCGGAACAUUUCGUGCUUGCGCAAUUUCAGUGAGCUGUAUUUCAAAAACCUCUGUGAUAAAAUCCAGGUCUUAUUUACUCCGUCGAGACUUUCAAGCAACAUGGAUCAAGUUAAGAAGCUGACUGAGCCUAGUCGCCAAUUUGCUAAAGACAGCAUCAGACUCAUUAAGAGAUGUACUAAACCAGAUCGCAAAGAGUUCCAAAAGAUCGCUAUUGCCACAGUGGUUGGUUUCUGUGUGAUGGGUUUUAUAGGAUUCUUCGUCAAACUAAUCCAUAUUCCGAUUAAUAAUAUAAUUGUAGGUUCAUAAGAAUUAUAUCCUGAGGCUAUUUUAUUAUCAUAAAAAUACUUCUAUUAUUGUAUGCCGCGUCCUAUUUUUAUUUAUAACAUGAAAACGUGUACUGAAUUGAUUUUGUGAGUGAGAGAGAUGUGUGUGUAUAAUAUUAAUGAAUUUUAUAAUAAAACCGAUCUGAAA